CUCCUCGGCACACAUCGACCUCACCGGAGAUAGUCACGAGAUAAGGGUGGGGGAGGGUGUUGUAUGUGCGUCGACGCUGGUUGAGGCUCCUGCUCUCGCGAGAGCAGUUUGGGGAGAAGCUCGCGGCGAGUCGGGGCCGUUGGCUCGGCGGUGAUUGGCAGGCGGCGCUGGGUGGCUCCCUCCCCUCCCUCGACUCGGCGUUGAAGCGGCCGCCAUUGUCGGAUCAGCCAGCAGCUGGAGGAGGAGGAAGCAGAGUCGGAGAGCGGCAAGCGGCGGUUUAUGUCUUGCCCUUCCUCCCAAGGUGUGUACCUGGUGUUAUUCCCUAUGUUAUCCACGUGUCAACUCUGUGACAUAGAAUAUGGAAUCAAAGCCACCAAGAAUUCCAAGGAGGGUAUCCACUCAGCCAUCCAGUUCUCAAAGUGCUAGGACAGGAGCAGGAAAUGGAGGAACCAGUUUAACUGACUCAUAUCUUACAAGAGAAUCUUCACUUAGAUUGGAACCUGGAUGCCAAGAUUCUAGUCGGUUGCAUAGUUCCAGUAGAGACUGGGCAAUUGGAGAAAGAGAAGCAUAUGAAAGCCCGUGGAAGCUUCCAGCUUCAUCUCCAACUCGCUACUCAGGAACACUUGAUCGUCCAUGGUCUGGAAGAUUGUUGGGAAGCAGAAACAGACUGUCUACAUCUUCAUCUUCACCUCUUACAUCUUCUUGGUUUGGCGAAUCUGAAAGAACUCAGGGAUCAUAUUCUUCAAGACUGCAUAGCCAGCAACAGGAUACUGAUUCUAAGAGACCUAAACUUUCUUAUACAUCUACCUCUAGUGUGAGAAAUAAUGGUUUAAACACAGUUUCAGAUUCCCCAUGGAGAUACAGCGAUGUACCCAGAUCUUCAUCCAUGGUACUUGGAUCAUUAGGAACUGAACUUGCAAGAGAAAGGAGAGAGCUGGAAAGGACAGAACCAUCUAUUAGCAGUCUUGUGGACUGUAGUCACAGAAAUGGUGACUUUUCAUCUUCAUCAUAUCUUCAGGAAAGAUCUUCUGCUUCGUAUGCACAGGGAGCAAGACCAAAAGAGAACUCACUGAGCUCUUUGAGGCUGAACACAUCCAUGAACCGCCAGUUGCCUUCUGAACAUCAGUCAUCAUUACUCUCUCGAGAGCAUAGCUGGAAUUCAAGAUCUAACUAUGUCCCAAGAGAAGUAGAAUCUUCUGAAAGGAAUAUGCAACCAGAGUUUACCCUUGGUGCCAUGAGAAGUGGAAGCGGUUCCUCAAACAGUUCCGAAAGAGUUAUGCCAUCCCAAAGGUCACUGAGUGAGCCUCCUGCAGAUACUGAAGGAAGGCGUACAACAAGACAACUGUUGUCUCGUUUAGCUUCUAGUAUGUCAUCAACAUUUUUCUCAAGAAGGUCUAGCCAGGACUCAUUGACUUCAAGACCAUUAGGUUCUGAAGAUUCAACUGUUCCAAGAGCUCAUUCUUCUACCCAAGCUAGUGCUACUAACACAGCUACAACUUCUGAAGGCACAGAAGGGCAGACUCCUGAUGUUUCUCAGGGAUUUAGCUUUCUUAGAAGACGAUGGGGCCUGUCGGGUGUUUCAUCAAAUCCUAGUUCUGAUUCGGAAGCUGAAAGUUACAGACCCGAUUCUGAAAGUAGAAAUUCAGGUUCUUGGCUAUCAUCUUCCCUGAGGAACAGGUGCACACCUUUGUUUUCCAGAAGACGAAGAGAAGGAAGAGAUGAAACUGCAAGAACCUCUACCUCUGAAACACCAGCUAGAUCACUGCAUCUUUUCAGAAGAAGAGAACCUGGUGGGGAGGUAUCUCUUGAAGCACAAAGUGAAUCCCUCAGGCCUGCUGCCAGGCCACCAACACCUGCAGUACCUAAUGGUGUUACAUCUGUUGCCUCUGGGCCAGAUUCAGCGCAUGGUAGAAGAAAUUCAGGAAUAUCAGGAAUGUUUCCUGGUUCUCUCUUCCGGUUUGCAGUGCCCCCAACCCUGGGGAGUAAUUUAUCUGACAAUGUUAUGAUAACUGUCGAUAUUAUUCCUUCAAGCUGGAAUCAGCCUGAUGGACAAGAUAAUGACAAGUCAAAAAUACUAUCCUCAAGAGACCCUGAAAGGCUUCAAAAAAUUAAAGAGAGCCUCCUUUCCGAGGACUCUGAAGAGGAGGAGGGAGACUUAUGUAGAAUUUGUCAGAUGUCGUCUACUUCUGCUACUAACCUCUUAAUAGAGCCAUGUAAAUGCACUGGAAGUCUGCGCUAUGUUCACCAGGAGUGUAUGAAAAAGUGGCUACAAUCCAAGAUUAACUCAGGUUCUUCACUGGUAGCAGUAACUACUUGUGAGCUGUGCAAAGAGAAGCUGCAUCUCAAUCUUGACAAUUUUGAUAUCCAUGAGCUUCAUAGAGCACAUGCAAAUGAACAAGCAGACUAUGAAUUUAUCAGUUCUGGGCUUUACCUUGUAGUAUUGUUGCACUUGUGUGAACAGCGCUUUUCAGAUAUGCUGGGAACUACAAGUGAGGCCAACACACGUGUCCGGUUUAUUAAUCUUGCAAGGACUCUUCAGGCACACAUGGAUGAUAUUGAAAAGGCCCUUCUGCUGCGUGUGCCACCUCCACGAGAGGUCUGGAGGGUGAAACACGAGAACAGGCCUUUUCUGCAGUGGCUCCACACUUGUGGAAUGCUCUCCCCAGGGAAGCUCACCUGGCUCCUUCGUUACAUAUCUGUAGGCACCAGCAGCUUCUGAUGAUGAUGAUUCUGAAGAUGGUGAACUCGACAGAACACUUGAUGCUGCAUAAAUGUGAAUGGAAGGACCGGGUGGAUACUCAACUGGCACAAGUACCAUCAGUAUGCAUAUGUUUUGUAAAACACACUGAAUGCUAUUAGAUUUCUGACGCAUUGCUGAAUUCAAAAAUUUGCUGUUGCACAUUGGUAUCGAGAGACCUGCAAGUGUGUUGUUUCUCCUUUGAGAUUAUGACAUGUAUGCCUUCUUCUAAAAUAACAGAUUUUUACAUGUAAGGCAAAUGAUCUCCUUUUGUAUAAACUUCUUACAAGUAAUCAGUUAAACUUCUGGAAAAUGUUUCUCAACUUUUGCUCUUCUACUGGCUCUAAGUGGUAACAUUAAAGUGUGUUUUGCAAGUCAUGGGGAGGAGAUAGUUCUGUGUUAGCUUUCCAUUUUAAAACACCUUUGGGAAGUCUCUUUAAUUUUGCUUCCAGUGUUAACCAAGGUUGAGUGAGGGAAUGAAUGGGUUCUGUGAAGUUAGUGUUAAAGUUUUUCUUGAGGAAUGUUUAACUCAAAGCAAUAAAUUUGCAAGGGGCUACUAAUAAGCAUUAAUUAUGGCUUUUAUAAGUAUUGAUUUUGAAACUGCUGAUUAUAUUUGAUAAUAUUGUGUAGAAGUUCCGGUAAGGAAUUGCAGCUGUAAACACUUGCAUUUCAGCAUUCCUGGAAGGAAUAAAACUUAUGGUUUAGAAUCUUAACCAAGCUAUUUAUCUUAAUGAACCUUUUUUAGAACCCACAUUCACUGCUGAAGCACUGGUUAUCAAUGUGUUUUCUAGUGUUGUCACUUGUUUGUUAAAUAAAAAUUACAAUGCAUACGAA